AGAGGAAGGAGCGCGCUGCCGGAGCUGCUGGGAGAAGGACAGAGAGAGAAAGAGAGAGACAUACACUGAACGUGGAGGACCCAGAGAGAGAGAGAGCGAGAGAGAGAGGGAGCGGACACAGAAAAACGUGUUUCAGAGAAGAAACGCUCAGUUUGUAGGAGGAGAGCGGUGAGGCUGCUCAUUUAUUUUCUCUCCGAUCAGUUUUACGCACGCACACCGGAGCUGCCUCUUCCAGGAGAUCUUGUGUUAUCUUUUGCGCAAGAGCGGACUGUUAUCGGGACAGUAUCAAAAAGGGAAAAUCGGUGGGAAAAUAUUUUUGUUUCUCAGUCACAGGUGCUUUUACCAAGUAAAUACGCCACUUGGAGAGGAAGCCCGAGCAAAAGAUUUUGGAAUAUUUUAUCGAAGCGAAAGAGAAAGACGCGUGUUACUUUUUUUCAGGUUUUUCAAACUCAGUGGUUCCCUGCAGACGUCUCUGUUGGUUCUCAGUGGUUUCAACCAGUGAUUUCAACUUUGUUUUGAAUUUUGCGAUUUUGUCAGUCAAAUGUGUUGACUAGUCUGUAUUUCCACGCGCGUUUUGCCUGACAGAACUGCUGCCGGCUGCGAGCACCGAAAUGGAUUUGGCUGUUUUAAAAACGUGUUUUUUGGACAAAUUGCGCUGAUUUCAGAUCAAAUUGCGUUAAUUGCGCAGAGCAGCGUCCAGGACAGAAGACGCAGUGUCACGCAGUAACACAACCCAUACGGACGCUGUAGUUUAACCAGCUUGAUAUUCUUGGAAAGCCCCGUGAACACAGCCCGGCAUUUGUAGCGGAGUUUGGGCACUAGUCGUGUUGCGCUCGAGAGAAAUAGAAAACUGUGGAAAGGGGGACUUUGGACUGAAGCUUUGUCUCAGAUACACAGAAUAAAUCCACAGAGGAGGAGAAAAGGUGGUUUUUCUCCACAUUCGAGGGGGAAAGAUGGAUUUAUUCAUAUGGCUUUGUGGAUGUUUACUGGCCUUUCUUUUGCCACCAGCAGUCAAGGCAGAGGAAGGAGCGUCUGAGCCAUGCGGUGGCUUUUUAGAUGCUAGUGAUGCCGGAUACAUCACCACACCUGGCUACCCGCUGGAGUACCCUCCUCACCAGAACUGUCGCUGGAUCAUCACAGCCCCUGAGCCUUCGCAACGCAUUGUACUCAACUUUAACCCGCACUUUGAGAUAGAGAAACUGGACUGCAGGUAUGACUACGUGGAGAUCCACGAUGGAAACUCUGAGUCAGCUGACUUACUGGGGAAGCACUGCAGCAACAUCGCCCCUGCACCGAUCAUAUCGUCAGGCCCCUCGCUCCACAUCAAGUUCGUAUCAGACUAUGCCCACCAAGGGGCAGGCUUCUCACUGCGCUAUGAAAUCUUCAAAACCGGUUCAGACUGUUCCCGUAACUUUACCAGCCCCUCGGGUCUCAUUGAGUCUCCGGGCUUCCCUGACAAAUACCCCCAUAACCUGGAGUGCUCCUUCAUCAUCAUUGUCCCCCCCAGUAUGGACGUCACCCUCACCUUCCUCACCUUUGACUUGGAGAACGACCCCCUGCCGGGCGGAGAGGGGGACUGCAAGUAUGACUGGCUGGAAGUAUGGGACGGACUCCCAGGAGUGGGCCCCCUGAUUGGUCGUUACUGUGGGACCAGGGUACCUCCCGAGAUCCAGUCAUCUACUGGGAUUCUUUCUCUGUCUUUCCACACUGACAUGGCUGUGGCUAAAGAUGGCUUCUCAGCUCGAUACAACAUGACGCACAAGGAAGUCAGUGAAACUUUCCAUUGUAGUAAUGCAUUCGGUAUGGAGUCAGGAAAGAUCACUGACGACCAGAUCACAGCCUCAUCAAGUUUUUAUGAUGAACAGUGGCUGCCGCGUCAGGCCCGACUCAAUUACAAUGACAAUGGAUGGACCCCCAAUGAAGACAGCAACAGGGAGUACAUACAGGUGGACCUCCAUACAUUGAAGGUGCUGACAGGCAUCGCCACGCAGGGCGCCAUUUCGAAGGAAACUGAAAAGGUUUACUAUGUCGUCACCUUCAAGCUUGAGGUCAGCACCAAUGGAGAGGACUGGAUGGUCUACAGGCACGGCAAGAAUCAUAAGGUUUUCCAUGCCAAUACUGACGCCACAGAUGUGGUUCUCAAUCGGGUCCCACAGCCAGUCCUGGCCCGCUUCGUACGAAUCAGACCCCAGACAUGGAAGAACGGCAUUGCACUGCGGUUCGAGCUUUACGGCUGUCAGAUUACGGAUGCUCCCUGCUCCGAACUGCAAGGCAUGUUGUCUGGGCUGCUACCUGACUCCCAGAUCUCUGCGUCCUCCAUGAGGGACAUCCACGGCUCCAUGGGUGCAGCCAGGCUAGUGGCCAGCCGGUCAGGAUGGUUUCCCAACCCAACACAACCCAUAGUUGGAGAAGAGUGGCUACAGGUGGACCUUGGUGUGCCCAAGAUGGUGCGUGGGAUCAUUACCCAGGGUGCAAGAGGGCUGGAGGGCAGCACCAGUGCUGAGAACAGGGCCUUUGUCAGGAAGUACAAACUGGCGCACAGCUUGACCGGCAAAGACUGGACAUACAUCACUGACAGCAAGACUGGGUUCGCUAAGAUUUUCGAAGGGAAUAGCCACUACGACACUCCUGAGGUGCGGAGGUUCGAUGAGAUAGUGGCACAGUACAUUAGAGUCUUUCCAGAGAGGUGGUCUCCUGCUGGGAUUGGCAUGAGGAUGGAGGUCCUUGGCUGUGACCUGCCUGAAACCACCACUGUACCUGACACAGUGACCCCCACUGUGCCCAGAGUGGAACAGACCACUGCUGCAAUGAGACCUGCCACCACUCCAUCCCUGUCAGCUGUAUGUGACUUCGAGCAGAGCUUGUGUGGCUGGUCAGCUGAUCCCCAGUCAGGUGUGAGCUGGUCCCUGCACACAGCCAGCAGCAGUUCAACCGCACACGGCACACAUGAAACGAGGCAGGAUCUGGCACUGGGAUCAGACAAUUUCUCUGGGAACUACCUCCACCUGGAUGCAGGCGCCCACACCCAGCGGAAGCGAGCCCGACUGCUGAGCCCUGAGGUUGGACCAGAGCGGGGCCCGCUCUGCCUCCUCUUCUACUACCAGCUCCAAGGGGAAGCGCAAGGGAGCCUGAGGGUCCUGCUGCGGGACAAUGACCAGGAGGAGACACUGCUGUGGGUGCUUAAAGGAGACCAGGGGCCCCACUGGAGGGAGGGCCGUACCAUUCUGCCCCAAAGCCCCAAAGAGUAUCAGGUGGUUUUUGAAGGUUUUUUUGAUCACCCGACCAGAGGCCACAUCAGAAUAGACAACAUCCACAUGAGCAACAGUAUCGAGCUGGAGCAGUGUACACAACCUUUCCCUGCCUUAACUCCCGGCAUAACCAGGGGUGCCAUGUCUGGGAUGGAGCCCACAGUAGACACAGUGGUGGCGCAGCCUCUCCCUGCCUACUGGUACUAUGUGUUGGCAGGAGUCGGUGCCAUCUUGCUGUUGGUCACUGUAACUGUGGUGGUGAUACUGUGCUGCCAUCGCUACCACUGGGCAACCAAGAAGACCAGCAGUAGCCAUCAUCAUUCAGUGAUGUACCACAACAGCCAACAUCCAAAUCAGCAAGCCCACCAAAACUGCUACCAGAACCAAAACCUCAGCUAUAAUCUGAUCCACAGCCCCAACCAAAACCACCUGUACCCAGGUACCGGGCCGAGUCUUGAACCCAUGCUCACCAUCAGAGUGGAGAAAGAUGAAAGCUAUGAUUCCCAGUGUUGAAACAAAUGGACAAGCAGAAUUAUAUAAUUUUAUGAGAAUGCUUUGCUCAAAUAAAGUGGUCAAGGGGUGUGAGAAGUCCCUGAAAUAAGUGAUCAACCACAGUAUUCAGCAUAAUCACAACUCUUCACUGAUGAGAAUCUACACUGAGGAGACAGUACAUCACUAGUUCCUGUUGUGUACGACUGAUGUAACUGACUGACUGACCAGGAUGCACUUUUGCUUAACUUCCCUGUUGGCUGGGACUGGUAGAAUGAUGAGAGAAGUACAGCUCCUGACACUGAUAUCCCUCACUGGGGAGAGCAGAUGAAAGAACUGUGAUUAUGAUGGCUGAUGAGAGUCUGAUAACAACAUCGUAGACCAACUUUUUGAUGUUCUUAAGAGUAUACUGGCUUCUACAGCUGCACCGCAAUCUGAAAAUGAGAUGGAAUAUGAAGAGAAUAACAACAGACUCACAGGCAGAAUGACAAAUAGGCCGUGGACAAGACAAAUGUAUAUGUAGUGUACUAUGUCAGCAUUGUAACAGCUUAUGUUCCUCCUUUAUAAUGUCAGAGCAGGAUAUGUUUGUCUGCACUGCUCUGGUCCGCAGCUUGGACACUUGCCUGCCUCCAAAUACCCUGUCUCACAGUGAAGGGAUUUACACACAGGUACAGAGAGAGACAAGACACAAUGUGUGCUGCAUGAAAAGAGAAGGCUAUUUCUUUGGGACUGAAUGAAGCUGCACUUUAUUUGUCCACUAGCCUUUGAGAGACCAGGAGUGACAGAGACAGAUUAAGAACAGAGAAGGGAGAGGUAAAGGAAGAAUUAGUGCUGCCCGUCCAGCCGUGACUGACAGACAGCAGCUACGCAUACACCCAGUGUUGCUCCUUUGGUCUGUGAAGGAGGAGUCAGUGUCGUGCUGUCCUCUGCCUGGUUUACACAAGGGAAAGAUAGGAUGAGACAACUUAAAUCGCAUCCUGCAGACCUAGAAACAAACACACACUGCAUCGAAACACUCGAAGGCUCAAGAGUCUCAAACACACACACACACAUAUGCACGGACACCUCAAGACUUUUUCAAGUCCCACAUGUUACCCUGAGUGCAUUUUUCAUUACAUCCUGAUAUGCCUUUUUUAAAGUGUGCUUUAAAACAAUUACCUCUUCGCCUCCAGAACGAGGUCGUGCCUCAGUGUCAAAUAAGAGUAGGAAUGGACUCUAAACAGUUUGUUGCCUGGAUGUCAUGGAUAAUCCAAUGCCUGUGUCUGUUAAUGUUCAAACUAAACAUCUUAGUAUGUCCUGCAUACGUUAGACUGGGUGAAUGAAACCAACAAUCAUAUGUAUUGAGUAACUGAAGGUGCAGGAAUGCUUUCCUCCUUGUCUGCGCAAGUUAAAAAAAAAAUCUUAAAAUCUUUAUUUUGUCGACAUAACUCAUAACAUCUUGUGUGCAAUCCUGGAUCACAAAUCCAGAAUUUUUUGGCUUAUUGGCCAGGUAACCUGAAAAAAAAAAAAAAAAUUAAAAUCAUGCAUAUGGCUACCAAAUUGCCAGCUUUGCUUCUAUUUAACAGGUGAGACCAAACAUGCUGUGACAAAGAGCAUCUUACUUAUGAAGCUUUUUUAGAAAAUAACUGAUCAGAGCUCACUGGUCAGUCCUUUUGAUCAUUUCAUUCAACAUGAUCUGUUAAAUAAGACUGAUUCCAGUGCAGCGCUACUGUCAGACUAUUCACAACCUAUUUGGUGUUUUUUUUUUUUUAAUCACCUGUUCGGAUGUAUAUAUAUGUUGGCAUCUAUCAUGCAUAUUCCCUCUUUGUUGAGUACAUAAUGUAAGUUUGUGUGAAAAUUUAUUCAAGUGUAAUUUGAUGCACUUCUGAUAAGUUGUGUUACACAUUAUUUUGCAAUGUUGAAAGUAACAUUAGCACUUUUCUUCUUAAUAUUCAUUCACUGAUGGUUGAUUGGUUAAUGAUUUCUUAAAUUUACUGUGAAUCUUAAAAACAUAAGUUAAGUAAUUUACUGGUGGUGAAUUAAAAACAUUUUUUUCUUUGUAAUCAUGUUACAAUAGGCCUACAUGGGCUUCUGAUGUAUAAUAGUUACACUGUUUAUUUUUAUACUUACUGACUAUUGUUAUAAGGCAACAGUUACAUUGAUUGUGUUCUCUGAGAUGAUCUUAAAAGGUUUUCUUGACUUUCACUUGGUAUCAGAUCCUCCAGUUGAAGCCAUUUUGCAAAUGUGUGUCCCUCAUUUGAAGCAUCCACUUUAAUUCAGACAGGGAUAGAAAACUGAUCAACAAAUCGUUAUGUUCUAUGUAAAGAUGAUGAUUUAAAAACAAAGGAGAAGCUUGGUUUUGCACUGAGAAGCUCAGCAUCCACUUCUAUUCAGAUCCACCCCAGUAAAACUGGGUCUAUCUCUGUGGUACUUGUUUUCUGGACUUCUCAGCAGCAGCUCACCAUCUUGUGUUGUGUGUUACCCCCCGCUCCCCUUCAUUUUGUUCAUGCCCAAAUCCCCCAGCCUUUUUUUCCUUUUCUCUCUUUUUUUUUUAUCAAAACCCACUUGUUCCUGUUCUACUCCUUCCCUUCAUCGAAAAUCCUCCCAGUGAAAAACACAGGAGAGAAAAUGAGAGGCAGAAAUGGAGGAGAGCAAAAUCUCUCACAGGAGAUGGGCCCAUUAAGCGAGCCCCCUUUCCCUCCAAAGAAUGUGCCCAGAGAUGGAGGGAGAUGAAAGAAGUUAAAAAAAAAAACUGCUCUCUAUACUUUCUAAAGAUAGAUUUUUUUUUCUUUACUCCAAGAGGAAGGCUAACAGGGAGGCAGGUUCGGGUUUGGAUUGAAGGAGGGAGAGAAUUGAAGGAGGAGGGCAGGCUGUUUCAAACACAAAAGCAGAUGAAAGAAGUCUUUUGGCAGAAUAGACAGUGUGAUGGAGAUACACAUUAUAUGCACUGCACUCGUGCACUCGCGUAUGCCAUCUAACAAACAUAAGCCUCUGUUAGCAAAGGAUCUAGAUUUCCACCAUGCCACCAAAUUCAGUCAUUUAAAUCACAGUUUCACUCAUUUUCCACACUGCAGAUUUUCCCCACAUUGACUUUCAUUUCAUUAUAUUGUGUCUCGUAAAUUUCGGUUUUAGUCAACAAGCAGUUUAGUUUUUUUGUGCUUGCAUAUCCAUUUUCUGCCUCCCUAGCCCCUCUUACUUCCAUUUCAAUCGACUUGUGAAUGAUUUACACAUUAUAUGACUCAUUCUAGCAGCCCUGUGCUGUUACCCAAUCAAUGUGGGUCUGAAAUUCAAAUACAGGAAUGAUAUAUGACUGUAUUUAUGUUGUGCUACCCAUGCACUUUUCUCUUUCAUUCUCUCUCUCUCUAUCAAACUUUUUGCAAGAUUUGGAAAAUGUGCUGGCGUCUCUUCAUGCAGUGCUUUUAAAUCAACCUUCCUUCACUUCCCUCUCCCCUCUCCAUCAUAGACUACUUUGAAUCCCUUUAAUAUUUCUAAUUAGUUAAUGGAGCUGAUUGCAUUCAUAAAACCCUGCAGUAAGCAUUUCUAGCCCUCAGGCAAUCUCUGUUUUUUCUCUUUCCUCCUCCUCCUCCUCCUCCUCCUCUGUUUCCUUGAGAAAUAUUACAAGUGAAAGCACGCUAACAGGUCCUUGGGCCCCCACUGGAACAGCGCAUGGUGCCAAAGAGCCAUCCAUGUCUUUGCCUGAACGAAAGAGCCCCCCUCUUUUUAUUCUUCUCUUUACUAAUUGGAGAGUGGAGAUAAAAUGGGGCUACAGGGAGUUUUAAUCUCCUUUCAGAUCCGCGUGAUGAUUCUUCUCCGGAUCCUAGCCUGAGGGCUUUAAGCCAGGAUCAUUAGAAAGUGUUCAACAGUUGUCCAAAGAGUGUCUGAGCAUCUCUCUUUUUUAUUCUGCUUCUUUUGCUAUCUCUCCGUUAGUGAUUUAAUGUUUUGUCAAGGCCUGCGGUGAUUUCAUUUGACUGUGAGAAAGGAGAAUUUAGAGACUGGAGGGUCUGUUGUGAGACUGUACAUUUACACAGAAGACAAGAAGAGAAGACAGAUUAGAUCCCUUCAUGCGCAUGUCAUAAGUGUAGUCACACAUGAAGAGCAAAUUUCAAUAAGACCUCCAGUAAAGUAUUGUCAUUUACAGUGUGAAUACUGGGAUCAACCAUUUUUAGCUCUGCAGCUUUUGUUUCAUUUUCAGGGUAACAGCCUUUUUCUGCACAGUAACUUCAGAGUAACUGCUUUUUUUUCACAUUGACCAAAAUUACAGUAUUAAUUAAUGUAGUGAAAUUGUUAAGACUACCGCCAACACAGUUUAAAACCAUGGUCAUAAUCUGCAGGCCACUCUGGAGUUCUCCAAGCUUGCAUGCUUUGAGAUGUCUGUGUCUUUAUCAUCACCUGUACUUCACUCAUUUUUCACCUCGCGCCCUCAGUUAUGGUGAUAUGAAAUCACAGAUCUUAGGUGUGAAGUACAGCUACAUAUAGAAUUUUUAGAAAAAUCUACCUUGAUGAUGUCAUUUUUAGCAAAUGAGUCGAUGACGUUGCCAUUGUUCUUUGAUUUUGCUGUUGUAAUAAUUGAGGGUUUUUUUAUUAGUCAGAAAUAGUUUUCUGGAUGUAAAUCUUUUAAAACCAGGAGAGACUGAUCAUUUUGAAAUGUGGCCUCAGUAAGGGAUGAACCUGAAUUAGCUUUAGUUCAAACUGUGUAUCGUUUAGACUCACUCAAACUGAAGAGAACCAGCCUUGAAGUAGUGAAAGGUUCAUCCCUGGCUUCAGCCACAUCACUGUUAUAUUUAAUCUUGUGCACUUUCUCUGCUGAUGUAAAGGCAAGACCACGACUUAGUGAUUGUCCUUUUUAUUUCACUACUUUUGCACUUCACGCAAAUUACUGAUCUACAGAGGAACAUACAAGGCCAACAGAGGUAUCACACUCGCAAUCAAAUAAUUAGAUUUCAGUUUAAAGAAAGUUUCAACAACCAAACAUUUGGGAUUAAAUACACUCCAGUCAGCACUGGGUCUGUCAGUUGCUGUAAUAUUGAAAUGAAAUAAAACUAUCAGUUUCCUUUGUUUAUUCUCAAUUGAAGAUUGAGUCACUUCUAUGAUUUCAAAGAAAUAACCUCAUAUUUAAUCCGAGUGCAAAUAUUUUUAUUUCACAAAUAGCAGGUGUCAUUAAAAGUAUUAUUAUAUUAGUUACAGACUGAAGAGUAUUGGAAGUUUGUAAAGGCUGUUUAUAGAUGGUAUGAUGUGGAGAUGCCACAUGUUAAAAUUGUCUCAUAGAAAAAUGACCUUACCUCACGGAGGAAAUGAGGCUUUGUAUCUUUUUUUCAUAUCUACUAAAUUAGUUUUUCACCUCUUAUCUUCUGAAUAUCCAUUAUGGUUUCACUUCAUAAUGUGUUUUUGGUUCCUUUGCCCCUGCAAUAAAUGGUUAUCAGCUGCCCAGAUAUUGCUCUGUUUUUUUUUUUUCCUGGGCACUGUAAUAGCAAUUUCCUUGAAUAAAACUGAACUUAAGCAGAAUUGAGCCUACAAACCCUUCAAAGCCUUGCACUGCGGCCUGCCUCAGAAAUAUUAAGUGGUAUUUUAGCUUGUUGAAUUUCAUGGUCUUGGAAUAAAAAGAAAAUAUAUUGUGGGGAAUGUGAAGGUAAUAAAAGUGAUAUUUUUCUAUGAAA